CCUCUGUCAUGGCGUCCAACAUCGACGACGAGCUCCUUGCACUGGCUGGUGGCGGCGAAUCCUCGUCAGACGGCGAAGGAGCCGCCGUCGCUGCCUCUAGCCGUGGAGCUUCCAGUAAAGCCAAGAGGAAUCAGAGGAAAGUAGCCGCUCAAGACUCGUCGGACGAAGAUGCAGAAGGCAACAGUGACGACGAUGAUGAAGACUCCGGGCCUCUGUAUCCGUACGAUGGAAGCUACAAGGAUUACGAGGACAAGAUGAGAAUCGAGGCGCUGCCCCUCAUCGAGCGAGAAUCCAUUCUGGCAACUCGGAGAGAUGAGAUUUUGUCUCGCGAGCGAGCUCGUCAACUGCGAGGGAUGGUAGCGGCACAGCAAGGUCGCAAAGACGCAUCUUCGAAGAAGAGAAAAGCUCCGAGUGCGAAGAAGGCAAAGUCGACUCGCAAGAAGCAGGCUCGGGCCGACAGUGACAUGGACGAGGAGACGGAUGAUGAAGAUGAAGAGGAUGAGGACGACGAUGAGGAGGAGGAGGACGAAGACGAUGAUGAUCGCGCCGCUCGCAGUAGUGGCCGCGCUCGCAAGACGGUUGGUCAGAGUGAGACCCGCAACAAGACGCUACAAGAGCUUAGCGCCAAUCGUCGCAAGAGGGCUGCGGGCAAGGCCAAGAGCGCAAGACAUAGGGAUGCUGAUGAGUCGCGGCGUCGUGGACGGCGUUCCUCGUCCGACUCGGAAGAUGAAGAGUCAGAGGAGAGCGAGGGUUACCUCGGCUCUGAUACCGAGGCAAAGAGGACGAGUGGACGUCAGGGCAGGAGUCGGAGGGAAGAGGGUCCAUUCGUUGCCCCUGACCUCGAAGACGUCAACAAGGCCCGCAUUGGACGAGAAGACAUCCUCAAGGUCAUGUACCGUAAAGGUUGGGAGGACAAGCUCAUCGGCAACUUUGUUCGCGUCGUUGCGGAUGCUCAGAGGGACGAACGUACAGGCAAGACCGUCCAACGCUAUCGAGCAUACGAGAUUGUUGGCUGGAAGACUGGCUCAAAGUGGUAUCAAGUGGACACUGGAAAGUACACAAGGGUGAAGCUCGAGCUGAGAUUCGCCCGCGAAAAGCACGAGAAGCAAAUUCUCUUUGUUAGCAAUUCGGACAUUACAGCGGAGGAGUUUCAGCGUUAUGAGCUGCAAGCUCGCGAGAGCCCUCAGCGACCUUCAAAGCGACAGGUGUUGGAACAAGCAGACGAUUGGGAGGACUUUGUGAAUGAGCCCUGGUCGGAGGAGGUCUUUACAGCCGUUGUCAAGGCGAGAAAAGCAGCGAAGCAAGAGGCUGAAGCUGCAAGGGGUGGUCUGACCAACGGGAACGGGAACGGCAAGCCCUCUCCACUCCAAAGAGCUCAGCAGCCUACGAAUGGCGUCGGAGGAGCUGCAGCUGCGUCUGCCGAUGCUCCGAAAGGUGAAGACGUUCUCCUCGCUGAGCUCAAUGAACGCAACAGGCGCUCGGACCGCGAGAGGAUCCUGGAGGCGGAAAGGAGACAGGCUGAAAACCGUCGUCUGGCUGCAAAAGCUGCUUUAGCUCGAGGCAGUGCCGCUGCAGGAGUCAACAGUGGGAUAGUCUCUGGUAGCUCCACGCCUAUGAGCCAGCUUGGGGAAGGAGCUGGGGUGAAGAAGCCCAGCGUUGUGGAUGUGGAGAUUGACCUGGGCGACUUCUAGAACGGACACAUGAUGGAAUCAAAUACCUUAUUUCCCACCAUAUGGGUACAGUGAUUGCAGUUUUUGGCGGAAGCGAGAGGA